AAGGCCACCAUAAUUUCAUCACAAAAAAAAAGCCAACCAAAGCACGAUUAAGCACUUACUCUACUUGCCAAAAGAAGAUGGGAACCCCACACCAAUUCCAAGAGCCCCCAAGAGACCUCAAGGUCACACUCCAAGAAAAAUGCCUUGUUUUCCCAUCCGAGCAAACCGAGAGGAAAUCCCUCUACCUGUCCAACAUAGACCAGGUCCUAAACUUCCACUUCCAAACGGUUCAUUUCUUCCGUGCCCGCGAGGACUAUCCUCCUGGCGCGGUGACGGAGAGGAUAAAGAGCGGGCUGAGCAGGGUGCUGGUGGCGUACGACUUCUUGGCGGGGAGGCUGAGGCUGAGUGACGGCGGCGGGGGCGGGCGGUUGGAGAUCGAUUGUGACGGGAGCGGGGUUGGGUUUGUGGUGGCGAGUAGUGAGUGCACAUUGGAGGAGAUUGGGGAUUUGGUUUAUCCUAACCCGGCUUUUCGACAACUUAUUGCGCAAGGCAGUAGCGUGGAUGAAUUGGGAACAGAUGGGAAUCUGCCACUCUGCAUUGUCCAGGUGACAUCAUUCAAAUGUGGUGGCUUUGCAAUAGGAUUAUCUAACAACCACACAACAUUAGACGGCAUAAGCAUCAAAAUCUUCCUGGAAAACCUAGCCUCCCAAUCAGCUGACAAACCCUACCUGGCCAUCACCCCAUGCAACGACCGCCAUCUCUUAGCCGCCCGAUCUCCGCCUCGAGUCACCUUCCCCCACCCCGAGCUCCUCGAGCUGGAAAUCCCCACCCCCGGCUCUAUCCCCGACCAAACCAUUCCUUCGGUCUUCGAUUCUCCCCAGGACCCUGAUCUCGAUCUCAAAAUCUUCCGCCUGACUUCCGGCGAAGUUUCUUCCCUAAAGAACCAUGCUAAAUCCGGCAUUGCUACCGGCAACCAAGCAGAAGUAAGGAUCACGAGUUUCAACGUCGUGACGGCGCACGUGUGGCGUUGCAAGGCCUUAUCGUCGCGCGAAACGAGUCAAAACCCCGACAGGUCGUCUACUGUUCUCUAUGCGGUUGAUAUCCGUCCCAGGUUGGACCCGCCGCUGCCCCAGUCGUACACCGGAAACGCGGUGCUGACCACGUGUGCGACCGCGACUUGUAAGCAACUCGAAGAGUCGCCUCUCUCGACGCUAGUAGAGAUUGUCUCGGAAGGGACGUCAAGGAUGACGGACGAGUACGCAAGGUCCGCGAUCGACUGGGGAGAGCUGCACAAAGGGUUUCCGCACGGGGAGUUCCUCGUGUCGUCGUGGUGGAGACUAGGGUUCGCCCAAGUGGAGUACCCCUGGGGCAAGCCGAGGUACAGUUGCCCCGUCGCUCACCACAGGAAAGACAUCAUUGUGUUGUUUCCCGACAUCGAGGACGAGGAUGACGACGAACGGGCCGGCGGCGGCGGCAACGGCAGAGUGAAUGUGUUGGUGGCUUUGCCUCGUGAGGAAAUGCUUGUUUUUGAGAAACUCUUCCACAAGUUCUUGGCCUGCAUUAUAUAAAUGUGCAAGGAAGCACAAGUGGUAUUGUACGUUAAUUGUACGUAUUUGGUUCUUUGACACAAUAUGCGUAUGUGUAUACGAAUUAACGCAAUAUUUGUAUGCUAUGCACCACUAGUUUUAUGUGUGUAGUUGUAUUAAUGAAUGAUGUUAAAUGCAUAUGUUAGUAUUAGUGUGCUAAA